AUGGACCGCAUGAUGAAGAUAAAGAGUUUCUCAUCUGCAGCUGUUGAAAACCAAGACAAGUUAUGUGUUGGAACCGCUACUAGUACUGGUUAUACUAGUAAUGUUACCGCAGGAUCAGAAGAUGAAGACAAGUACUCCUGUGUUCGGACAACAGGCAGGACUGUUGUAGGAAAAUGGGAAUGUUCGCAAGAAGUGGAAGAGGCAUGCAGGAGCUUCGAGAACUACUUGGCGGAAAUGAUUGUGGAAGAAGGGAGAACGAAGGAUUUGAUGGACGUGGAACAGCUUCUUUACUGCUGGGAUAACCUGCGGUGUCCUGUUUUUAUUGAUUUGGUUUCGAGAUUUUAUGGGGAGUUAUGCAAGGAUCUGUUUACCAGUAAUUAA